AUGCCGAGUAAACACACACGUUACUGUUUUGAAAGUGCGGACUACGUAGUGAUUAAUAAAGUAAUAUUGGAUACUGAAUGGAAGGCUUUGAUGAAAGACGACGUUUCUGCUGAAGCUGCUGUGGACUUAUUUUAUGACGGAAUAUAUGACUCUGAUUGUGCUGCGGUUCAAGUCCUUGAAAAUAUUAAUAUUUUUGGGUCGAAAUUAUCAAUACGAUCAAUCAAUAAAAGCCCAGCCAUGACUGAAACGUUUCACCAAGACCCGGCUCUACCUGACUUGCUCACCUAUGAGAUCCUGUCGUGCAGCCUGGAAAAGCAGGAACAAGAGAUACUAUUAAAUGCAUGUUCGAUCGGCUCCUCGCAUCAACAUGUGUAUCUGCCUAUAUCUAGUAGUUCCAGUAUCUUGGAAACUCCAGUGAUGACUGAAAAUUUGCACCAGGAGCCUACUUUAUGUGAUAUAGUCACCAAUGACGAUCCGUCGUGCAGCCCGGAAAGGCGUGAACCAGAGAUGCCACUAGAACCAUGUUUGAUCGCCUCCUUGCAUCAAAAUGUGUGUUUACCUAGUAGUUCUAGUCUCUUAAAAGCUCCAGUUAUUACUGAAACUGAAAAAAUGUCACACAAAUAUAUCUAA